CGAAAACCCGGAAGUGUUUUGAAGGUCUUUGGCUAUGAUCGAAGUUUAGGUAACUAUUUGCUGCGGCAGGUUUAUGUGAAAAUGGGAGUCAAAAUCGAAGUAUUUCGAAUGAUGCUGUAUUUAUCGUUUCCCGUGGCCAUGUUUUGGGUCUCAAACCAAGCAGAGUACUUCGAGGAGUAUAUAGUAAAGAGGAAGAGGGAAAUUUUUCCACCUGACGAGGAACUUCAGAGGAAAGAACUGGAGGACUUCAAAGAUCGAAUGCGUGUUCGCAAAGAGCAGCGAAUGCUGAAAACUAUGGCUGCAGAGUCUGAAAACUGAAGAUUCUGUGUGAAAGACUGUCUGAGUUUCCUGCUCCACGUGUAUGGGAUUAUACAGUGACGUGUUUGACAAUUCAGAAAAGCUGGUGGACUGAAGUAAAAUCACGCUAUUGUGAAAAAUCCUAAGGAGAACACACCUUGAAGAUGUGCUGGAUGUGUUCCGGAGAUUUUAGUGAUGUUUAUAUAAUCUUAUGUUGUUUAAUUUUCUUGCAACUUUUUCACACACGACAUGUCUGCUAAAAUCCAUCAAUAUUUUGAGCUGGUUUUGCUCUGAUCACUGUCCUAAGUUAUUUUGCAUUGUAUAUUGUUUGAUGUGCUGAUUUUCUUUUUAAGUUGUCUAUAAAUGGAAUGAUCUUGUA